AUGCCCCGGCGGAGUAUCGUGGAGGUGAAAGUCCUGGACGUGCAGAAGCGGCGAGUGCCCAACAAGCAUUAUGUCUAUAUCAUCAAAGUUACUUGGUCCAGUGGUUCCACUGAAGCCAUUUAUCGACGGUACAGCAAAUUCUUUGACUUACAGAUGCAAAUGUUGGACAAAUUUCCUAUGGAAGGAGGCCAGAAGGACCCAAAGCAGAGGAUUAUUCCCUUUCUGCCUGGCAAAAUCCUCUUCAGACGCAGCCACAUCAGAGAUGUAGCUGUCAAACGCCUGAUUCCCAUUGAUGAAUACUGUAAGGCCCUGAUCCGAUUGCCACCCUACAUUUCUCAGUGUGAUGAAGUACUUCAGUUCUUCGAGACGAGACCUGAAGAUCUGAAUCCCCCCAAAGAGGAACAUAUUGGGAAGAAGAAAUCUGGGGGAGACUCGGCCUCGGUAGAUCCAAUGGUCCUGGAACAAUAUGUGGUGGUAGCAAAUUACCAGAAGCAAGAAAGUUCAGAGAUCAGCUUGUGUGUGGGCCAGGUAGUGGACAUCAUUGAGAAGAAUGAAUCAGGGUGGUGGUUUGUAAGCACAGCUGAUGAGCAGGGCUGGGUCCCGGCAACUUGUCUGGAAGGUCAGGAUGGUGGCCAGGAUGAAUUUUCUCUGCAACCUGAAGAAGAAGAGAAAUACACCGUCAUUUACCCAUAUACCGCUCGAGACCAGGAUGAAAUUAACUUGGAGAGAGGGGCCAUGGUGGAAGUUAUCCAGAAAAACCUAGAGGGCUGGUGGAAGAUCAGGUUUCAAGGUAAAGAGGGCUGGGCCCCUGCCUCCUACCUGAAAAAAGGCAGUGGAGAGCUAUUUGCUCAAAAGCUGAGCUCUGGGUCACCAGCCCAUUCGUGCACUGUUGAUGUGGAUGGCAUUUCCCGGCAGCAGAACUCAGCAGGCAGAGAGAAGGAUGUACUCAACAACCAGAGAGAUGGAAGGUUUGAGAGCCGUCCAGGCCUAGAUGGUGACAUCAAGCAAAGAUCUCCAAAGAUGAGGCAGAGACCCCCUCCUCGACGAGAUAUGACCAUACCUCGGGGUCUGAACCUGCCAAAACCCCCUAUCCCACCCCAAGUGGAAGAGGAAUAUUACACCAUUGCUGAGUUCCAGACAACUAUUCCUGAUGGAAUCAGUUUCCAGGCAGGACUGAAAGUUGAGGUGAUUGAGAAGAACCUAAGUGGCUGGUGGUACAUCCAAAUUGAUGAUAAGGAAGGCUGGGCCCCAGCAACAUUCAUUGACAAGUACAAGAAAACGAGCAAUGCCUCAAGACCCAACUUCUUAGCUCCACUGCCUAAUGAAAUGACACAGCUCCGCCUGGGGGAGGCCGUGGUGGAGAAUCACACUGGCCCUGAAGCAACUGGCCCCUCUCGGCCUUUGCCUGAAGCACCACACAACGGCAUGGACUGUGGCAUACCUUGGGCCAAAGAAUGGAAGGGUAAGGAGGGCCAUCGGAAUGUCUCUUUAGAUAUGGCUGCAUCAGCCGGGUAUGAGGAAAUCUCUGACCCAGACAUGGAGGAGAAGCCCAGCCUCCCACCACGGAAGGAGUCCAUCAUCAAAUCGGAAGGGGAACUGCAAGAGAGAGAGCGGCAAAGGAUGGAGCAGCUCAGAGGGUCCCCCAAGCCUCCUGGAAUGAUUUUGCCCAUGAUUCCACCAAAACACAUGCCCCCACCAAGGGACAACAAGAAAGCAGAGCUGAAAUCAGAUAAAGGCAAAGUGUUCCAACAGAAAAAUGAAAUGGGGCUAGAAUGUGGGCACAAAGUGCUAGCCAAAGAGGUAAAGAAGCCAAACCUCCGUCCCAUCAUCAAACCCAAAGCUGAACAGCCUGAAGACAAACCUGAGUCUUUUACCCAGAAUCCCUUCCUGAAGUCUAAACCUCAGGUUAGACCAAAACCAGCUUCUUCCCACAGGACAGAGCCUCCUCAAGCUGAGGACAGAUUGGACAUCUGCAACCUCAGGAGCAAGCUCCGACCUGCUAAGUCUCAGGAGAAGUCAUCAGAAGAGGAGAAUCACCACCCAAGUGGAAUUCACGAUGGCUCCUUCAGCAACAGUUUGCUCUCAGGAGAGGCUUCCAGCAGGCCUCUGGAGCGAGCCAUGGUAGACACCAAGCUCACACCUAAACAGGACAGUCUCACGGCAAAGGACAUUUCCUCUAAAGUCCCCCCAAGGCCAGCAAAGACGACUGAUCCUAUACCCAAGAGUAGCCCUACCCCUCCCAAAGAGUCACCACAACAGAGACCAGUAGUACCUCCUCGGAGGCCGCCACCUCCCAAGAAAACCUCUUCCUCUUCCAGGCCCCUUCCUGAGACCAAAGUGCCACAUCGAGAGGUGAAUGAAGUCAAGGCUGCUCCAGCUCUUGGCCGACCCAUGCUUGUCCCUCCAAAGGCCAAACCUUUCCUGCCUGGUCCAGGAGGCCAAGAAGAGGUCAAAGCAAAAAGUGGGCUCGGGCCAAAAGCAGCAACCAAGCUAGGAGAGGUGAGGGAGAAGCCAGCUGCUAUACCUUUCCCUACUGCGGAAGUCCCCAAAGAUACACUAUAUGUGGCUAUGGCUAACUUUGAAGGGGAUGAAGAGACCAGUGGCUUCCAGGAGGGGACUGUGUUUGAAGUACGUGAAAAGAAUAGCAGUGGCUGGUGGUUCUGUCAGGUCCUAAGUGGAGCGCCUUCUUGGGAAGGCUGGAUUCCUUCCAACUAUCUAAGAAAGAAGCCAUAGUUCCCAUUGUCCUUGUAGGAUCUAUCCCACCAAGAUCUCCAUUGGUUUUACCUGGGUAUUUAAUUAGCUUCUUAACUUAUCGUUUUCUACAAGGCUUUAAAAGGAAAAGAUACCAGAGUGCAUUGGGCUUUCUCUUGAUUCCUAAGCAGGAAUGAUCAUGGAGAGUACAUCCCCCAGCCUCAGUGCAAUUUAAUUCAGUUCCUUGGCAGUCAUCCCUCUUAUAGGAGAUUCAGUCCAUCUUCAAUGGUAGUCUCCAGGUCAAAUGUCUAACUCUGCUCCUAUUCCUCAGUAUCUCCAUCUGUAAUAUGAGGGGAUUGGAUGAAACGAAGGUCCCUUCUAUAUGUUUUCAGUUACCCAUAGAAAUUACUGCUUUAAGUGGUGGAAAUGGGUUCCUGUAGCUCUCACAUACAUAGUAUCCAAGAACCAGGAGCUACCGUUUCCCCAGAUUGUGCUAGUAUCUAGAAUUUAACUAGCAAAGACACUGGGAUACCAGAUCCCAGAGCAGACCUCUGAGCACCAAAAAGUUAAUCAGCCUUGAUCAGAUAUGAAGCCAGGCCCAGUGUCCCAGGGUAGGCCUUGCUGUGAUUCCCCUUUCGCAUGACCCAAAUUCGCCUUCUCCUUUUAGCCUUUCCUAAAAGGCACUCGUUCCCAAUUUUGUUGUUUGCAGAAAUACCUGCUGCCACAAAGGCCCUGUGUGCUUUUUCUAAUCUUGACAGGUCUUUCCUUCAUUAAGGUUAUGGUCAUAUUUGACUUGGUGAGGAAUAACCUUUACUCACAUGCCAUGGAAGUAGAAGAGGACAAGGACAGAAGUCUGCUAAACCUGCCCCUUUUUCCCUUUCUUUUUUUGUUUGUUUUUGCACUCUUGAGAAAGCUUUAUGUCCUAGAAGGGUGAUUCCUACCCUCGGGCAGCACAACAUUCAGUACAUGCUUUGGACAUCCCUUUAUCCCAGGGUAACCUAGAGCUGCUAUCAGCCACCUUUUUCUUUCAGUAUGGUGCUGUUUAGAUUUGGGAAUCUGUCCUUCAUGGACAGCCCAACUCUAAUUGGGGAGUAGAGGAAAAGAAGGCCCAAAAUAGGAAUUGAUGGCUAGCUGAUGCAAGCUAGGGCGACAGAGCCAUUGGACUCCCAAAAGCUAUGAGAAAGGGGUUCUAAAUAUUCCUUUUUCUACACUGAUCACAAAACCCUCCCCCGCCACACCGUCCCUUUCUCUACUUACCACUCCUUUUUCCUGAAUGUUUCUCUCAAUAUCUCAUCCUGAUUGUUCUUUAGGAUUCCAGGGGGAAUAGUUAUGUGUUAGGUCCACAGCAACUCAUUUUUUAUAUGAUGAUAGGAAAUGAUCCUAGCUUAGUGACGUUGGCAAGGUGAAAGGCCGGGAUUCAGUAACUACUGCAGCAGUUGGUGGUGGGGUUGGGAGUGGGAAGAAGAGAUAAGGGAAACCCCUGAAUGACUAGCCUCACCAAUCCCUAGCCCAAUCAUCAAUCAGAAAAUCCUCCUUAAGUGCCUACUUUGUCCCUUGUGUUAUGUUAGGGGCUGGGAAGACAAAGGCAAAAUAAAGCAGUCCCCGCCCUUAAGGAGCUUACAUUCUGUUGGGAAGUCAACAUGUACAAAGAAAAGUAUACACUAAAUACAAUGUCAUUGGAGGGGUGUGGUGAUGGGGCUGAUAGCUGGGGAUAUUAGGAAAGACUUCCUAUAAGAGGUGAGGUGACAUGGAGCUGAACUUUGAAGGAAAAAGGAGGGGGGUGAAAGUUGCCCUUUAUUCAGUCCAUUGGAUGGUGGCAAGAGCUUAGUCUGACUCCCACUAAUGCUCUGCUGCUCUCAAUACCCCACAUCUGUAAAGCAUCGAGUUUUCCAGUGUUUUUGCAUCUGUUAUCUCACUUGGCCUUCACAACCUCGUCAGUGAAGUUGGGCAACACUUACCCCACUUGACAGAUGAAUCACAGAGUCACAUUUUGUUAAUGUCACCCAGCCAAUUUGUGAGAUAACCAAGAUGAGGACCCAGCCAUCCUAACUAGUAGUCCAGAGACAAGACUGUCUCAGCCUAAAAGAAACGAGGACUAGGCAGCAUGAUUUCUUGGAAAGAGUGAUAGGUUUGGAAUCAGACAACUUGGGUUUGAAUUCCAGCUCUACCAGUUAAUACUUCUGUGAACGUGGGCAAGUCAUUUAAGAUCUAUAUGCCUCAGUUUCCUUGACUGUAAGAAUGAAGGGGUUGCACUAGGUGAUCUUUAAGGUACCCUCCAAUGCUAAAUUUGUGAUCCCAGGACCUCCUGUGGAAGGAACAGAAGGGGCAAGGGCUCCAGGUGACAGGGGAUACAUUUGAAAGCAGGAACAUACUUUCCUUCCUAUGGCUUAUUUCUAGGAACAAGCCAGCACUAGACUGCCCCUUUCAUUGUGUUAAUGGCCGUUUUCUUCAGAAGACAACUCCCCAUACACAUUUUAGAUUAGAAAGCUAUGGGUACAAAAGUCCAUUCUCUAAUCCUUAAUACUUCUAAAUGUGUUGCUUUGUUAAAGAAGUGGCCAUUAAAGGCCCUUAGAUAGGAAAAAAGACUUUAAUUCACAUUUUCCCUGGAUUCCACCAUGCAUGUUAAUCUCAUGUCCAUUAUUCAUCCCUUACUCUUAAGGGAUGUGUAGCCCUGGGGAACCUACCACCUAGUGCCCUGGGACUAAUAGACUUGAGUGUUUCUCCCAUUCCUGACUAGCCCCAUCUAGCACUGUCCUCAGAAACCACUUGAGAAGAUAAGCAGAGAAUACAGAAUCCUCGAAACUCUGAGAAUAACCUUUGCAAGUCUGAGCACCCAAAUCCCCUCUGUCAUUCCUAGACCCUAGUUAUCAGAGAAAGGAGCUACAUCAAGUUUGGUCGGGGUUGAGCUAAUUUUUUAAUAAAUGUUCCUUUUGCUAGCUUACCUUAUGCCUUCCUGAAUUUGGCUUCGUUUUGGAAAGGAAAACCACAUGUUUUGUUCCAGUCUUGCUUCCUAGUUUCAUUCAUCCAUUCACCUAAUGUUUACUGAGUGCUUAUUAAAUGUAAGAUACCGUACUAAAGCACUGUGGCAGAUGCAUAUGUGAAUAACACCCAAAUCCUCGGCCUUAAGGAUCUUCGAGGUUUCUGCCAACCUAAGGUGGUUUGACUUCCUGUCACAGUCAUUCUGCAGCUGGUGCCUAUCUAGGGGCAAUUGGGCCACCUCCCUCUUCAUCUGUGUUCUAGGGAUUUAAUUGCAAAUUGAAGUCAUUGCAUUGUGUGGUGAUCCUUACAUCAGAAGCCAUAUUUCCUUACUUUCUGCAGCAGCCUUUCAGUUUGAAUCUAUGGCCCAGGUCCUCAUUUGUCUUUUCUCUUUUGUUUCACUGAUGGAUACUUCCCCAAACAGGUGGAGUUCAGUGUGAUCUGAUGCUAUGACUGAGGUCUUUUUCAUUCUUGCUUGAUGACAUGUUUACAUAAUCCCCUGGGAUUAUUGCAAUAAUUUCAAGGAUCUGUGAUUUAGGGUGGCAUGGGUACCCCUCUGCUGCCUUGGAAGAUGUUCUUCGUGAGCUGCCAUGGCUGAAAAAUCCACCAUGCUUCAGUCUCCUGGGUGAUGAGCCUCUUGUAACAUAGCAAAGCCGAUCUUCGGAUCAAAGACAUUCAUUCUGUCAACAAGCCUCUUUGUGACUUGCAGAAAAUGGUCAGCAGUUGACUCAAAAAUGCAGUCUUCAGUCUGUUGUGAAAGAUUCAGAAGGGCUAUCAGCAACGUUUUUAUGAAAUCUUUUUUUAAAAAAAAAUCAAAUGAGCAUUAAUCUUAUCAUAGAGACUAUACAUUCCCUACACCACCCAAACAGGUCAAAGGACAAGUUAGCUUCUUGCAUAACCUGAUAUCCUGCUCUGGACCAAAAUUCCAAGCUAAAUGCCAACUCAAGAGACACAGAAAUGUGAUUGGACUUCCAUGUCCCGGUUUACCAUACCACACUAUGUCAAAUAACAGAUCUGCUGUACUAAAACUUCUUGGGAAGAAUCUGCAUCGUAGAACAACCAGUUUAUCUUUUAGCCUCAAUCUUAAUACCUCUGUGACAAGAAUAUUUUCCACAUUAAGUUGUAUUCCCAAACAGUGUUGUACAGGGGAAAGAGAAACAGAUUUGGAAUCCAAUACCUGUGUGACCUUGAGCAGCUCACUUAACUUCUCUGGCCUCAGUUUCCUCUUCUGUAAAAAGAGGACAUUGGAAUAGAUG